AUGAACAAAUAUUUCGUUACCUACGAAUCAAAAUUUUAUGAAUUUGAAAUACUCAUUAAAAAAAUGGAUUCUAAAUUAAAAGUUUUACGUGCUACUGUUCAAUCUCAAGAUAUAACUUUUCUUAAUGCUCAUCCAUGGAAAAAAUUAAUUUUAGAAUCAUUUCCUGAAUUGAAAGAAUUAUAUUUACGAUAUAUUGAAAAUUAUGACAGAGAAGAUGAAUAUCCUGUAGAGCUAGAUCAAUUCAAUUCAUCAUUUUGGAUUGAACGAAAAUGA